CAGAGGAAGGUACAAGGACUCAGGCAGGGAUAAAAGAAGGGGGAGAGAAAGAUCGAAUUAGAUUUCACAGAAAGAGAAGCAGAGGCGCAAAGACACUGACAGGAGAGAAAAGUCUGAUAAAGCAAAAUCAAAAAGGAGAUACUUUAAGGGGGGAAAAGUCAGAAGUGAAGUGAGGAGAGAAAAGCAGAGGGGUGACUUGUGAACCAAAGAAGCAGAGUAAUUAAAAACGCAAACAUUUUUAGAAUAAAGGGGGGCAAGACGAGGAGCGGAGAGUGAAACGCUACAGGAACGUGAGAAAUCUCAGAGACUGACGUACGAACAAACAGCUGGUUAACCUACAGAGAAAGAUGCAGGCCUCGAUGCUGCUCGGCUGCUUUGUCCUCGCCGCAACAGAAUACUUCCUCAGCUCGGCCUACAUGAUCCCUGAUGACAGUCUGUACGACAAGAAGGUCAUCACCACAACUACAGCUUUAUCUCAAGACCUCGAUGUAGCCUCACCCCCUGUUGUUAUUGUAGCGCUACCGAAAUCAACAAAGAAGAACAAGAAAACAAACAAACAAAAAAAGAACAAAUCUGCUGCAAGGAAGCGUCCUCCUCCUCCUGCUAACUGCAUUGCCCUUUGGGAAAGCUGCAAAUCUCCAGGCAAUGUUUGCUGUGAUUACUGUGCUCACUGCCAGUGUCGGCUCUUCAGAACUGUCUGCUACUGCCGAAUGGGAAACCCCCACUGCUGAACCACCAGCUCACCAGAACAAGACUUCAUGUUAAGCCAAACCACUUGCGGGGAGCACUGAGAGAGGUGGAUCUCUCCUCGACCGUGGUUCAUUAUUUUGCCUAAAAUUCACUGCAUGGAAGCACUUUAUGGCAGAGGACUGCAAAGCAGUGAACUUUCUGAAAGCUUAAUAAGUUUUAAAACAAGGUUUAAUUUUCCUUUGCUCUUUUAGCACAAAUAAACAGAAUAUCUUCGCUCAAGCAAUUUUAUAUAUUGCUUUAUUUUUUACACAAAUACAUCUGAAAAUUUGUAUUUUAAAUACAGUAGGUAUUCAAAAUUUUUUAAAGCACUGUAAGAAUAAAACGCUUGCACUUUGUCUUAUAUGACUGUUUUUGUGGUAUUCUUUGUGUCGUCAGCAGAGCAAGUAUCAAGCAUUUAGAUACUUUAAGUCUGGGAUAGGCAGGAAUCUGGAGAAGACAAAAAACAAACAAAAUCACCACAAUUAGGACUAAGUCCCUCUCACCAAACGACCCAUUCAAAAUUAUGUUCCAACUUCAUUUUCUGUUUCAUUUUGAGGACAAUGUAACUUCGCUUUGAAAAAAAGCAUACUUUGUCACUAAUAACAUCAUAGAAAAGGAAGCCAGUUUAGAAUAUGGAAGCUUAAACAAGUGACCAGACUUUCACCCAGAAAACUGGGACUCGUUCUGUGAUUGAUGAUAGACCAUCUGUCUCCAUUUUCUCUUGUUCAUUUUCAGUUUUCAUUCGCUUUCUGGUAGGUUUAAGCACCAAAACUAUGUGGCUAUGUUGUCAUUAUAGAUGGACAACAGCUAGUUUUUCAGGAGUUUCCAGAGGCGGCGAUUUGGGCUCCAUGUCCCUGAUUUGCAAAAAGUAGCCUGAAAUUACAAUUCACAAUUAUAUGCAAAUAAGAUGCAGCUAGUGUAACUCCAGAAUGUAUUCCACAUCUGCAUGCAUAGACAAUAAAUGGGAAAUGGUUAAAAAAAAAAAAAAAAAGACAAA